ACGUGACAGGCUGCAGGACUGGGAUGCCCAGUCGACUUUGAGGAAGGAUAACAACAUUCCUCAAAGGGCUUAUAUCCCUCGAACAAGCCCACAAACAGGCUCACCUUUGACAGAUGAAGAGAGAAAAGCAAGAGUGGGUCAUCAAACCACUGCGAGGACACGAAGAUCUGGACAUUUGCAAGUGGGAUUCAGCUGUGCAGAAGGUUCAGCUGAGCCCAGCAUGGCCCCACCAAAACUGCACAUGCUCUUCUGCCUCUUCGGCUGCCUGCCACUGGUCCAUCCUUUUAACUGGCAAGACAUAGAACCUGUCACCUAUAUCCAACCAUCAGCAUGGAUCCAAACAAUACAAUUGCUGCUGCCCACUGCCAGCUUUGGCCACACAAAAAUCCCCAAGGGAAGUGGGCCUUACUCCGUGGGUUGUACAGACCUGAUGUCUGGUUACACUAACCAGAGCACCUUCUUACGCUUGUAUUAUCCAUCGCAAGAUAAAGAUGGCCCUGAUGCCCUGUGGAUACCAAACAAAGAAUAUUUUGAGGGUCUUAGUAAAGUCCUUGGAUCACCCAGUUUCAUGGGCAAAGUUUUCAACUCAUUAUACAGUGCAAUGACUGUUCCUGCAAAGUGGAAUUCUCCUCUGAGGACUGGUGAAAAAUACCCACUGAUUAUUUUUUCUCACGGUCUUGGAGCAUUCAGGACAGUUUAUUCUGCUAUUGGCAUUGACCUGGCGUCUAAUGGGUUCAUAGUUGGUGCUGUAGAACACAGAGACGAAUCUGCUUCUGCUACUUACUACUUCCAGGACCAGUCUGCUGCAGAAUCAAGGAACAAGUCUUGGCUCUACUUCAAAUCUGCAAAAGCAGAGUCGGAGACUCUUCGAAAAGAGCAGGUACAGCACCGAGGAAAGGAGUGUUCCCAAGCUCUCAGUUUGCUUCUCGACCUUGACAAGGGAAAGCCAGUGAAGAACGUGUUGGAUUUGCAGUUUGACCUGCAGCAGCUGAAAGGAUCUCUUGAUAGGAAUAAAAUAGCAAUAAUGGGACAUUCUUUUGGUGGAGCAACAGUUAUCCAGGCGCUAAGUAAAGACCAGAGAUUCAGGUGUGGCAUUGCUCUGGAUCCGUGGAUGUUUCCAGUUGGGGAAGAGGUCUACUCUAAAAUCCCUCAGCCCCUCUUUUUUAUCAACUCUGAACGGUUCCAAAGUACUGGUGAUAUUGUGAAAAUGAAAAAGUUCUUCCAACCUCACAGAGAAAGAAAAAUGAUUGCAAUCAGGGGUUCAGUCCAUCACAAUUUUGCCGACUUCACUUUUCUCACUGGUAAAAUAAUUGGACAGAUUUUAUCACUGAAAGGAGAUAUAGACUCGAAUGUGGCUAUGGACCUUAUUAACAAAGCAUCGUUAGCGUUCUUACAGAAGUAUUUAGGACUUCAUAAAAAUUUUGACCAAUGGAACUCUCUGAUGGACGGAGACAAUGAGAAUCUUAUUCCACAGGUCAUAUUUGACACGGUCACCCUAUCUCCGACUCUGCAGAGCCAGACAGGAACAGUGAAAGGGAAUCUAGAUUAAAGGCAGUUCUUUAAAAGUCUCAUUUAAAAAUUAUCCAGAAGAGACAGGGUGCAUGCUUGCGUGGAGAGACCUCAGUGUAUUUUCUGAAGUAAAUCAUAUUUUAAAACGUGGGCUAUGCUGUAAUAAUGACAGAGGCUUGGGUUAAGAAUUUUUUCCUUUAAAUGUAAAGAAAGAAUGUAUAAAAAAAAUACCAACCUAGGUUGAAAUUUUACUAAAAUGAUCCUUACUGUCAAAAUUAAAAACUGCUUUUACGAUACUUUAAUAUUGUAAUAUUAAUGUGCAUUAAGUAGGAAAUGUGUAUUAAAAUAGGCCAAAUGGCAAUGAAAAUAUCUCGAUGGCAUAAGAUUCCCUAACAUACAGUAAAACCAGGCCUUGUUGUCUUUUAUCCUAAGUUAUGAUCAGUAGAGUUGAGUUUUAGCAACACAAUAUUCUAGGUAGAAGUGGCAGUGUUUCUUUUUGACUUUGGGUCAUGGUAAGAAAAUCAGAUGGAGUUGGUAAUAAAGCCGUAGUUUUAAUGCAGACUUGUUGAUGACCAUAAAAUGUCAUCAAGUGGACAAGUGUUGGGGCCAGAGCAGAGGCAACAGAAUAAAGAAAGUGGGUAACUUGUUUGCAUUUUUAAUGCUUUGUCUCUGAUGCCUUUUAUUUACUGAACAAAGGUACCAUUGGUACCAGAGUUAUGUGCAAUGGCUGGGGACUCCAGCCUGUGAAGGAUAACAAAGGAAACAUUCAGAAUAAUAGUUUUCUUCAUUUUCCCCACUAAUUUUUAAUGGAUAUCAAUGUUUAAAAUUCUACAGGUAGCAGUGGUAUAACAGUUCGAUGGAGGUUAAAAGAACACCUUAAAUAUAGAUACGCUUAUAAAUCUGGCAAUCAUGGGAAAUGUUUCCCAUGCUGCUCACUAGUUAAUAUAUAAUUUUGGUCUAAGUUUGAUGUGUUUCCUACAGCUUCCUCAGAACUAAGUGUAAGGUGGGCCAUCCAUGCUUGGCAAGCAAACCUGGCCAAUGGACCAGUCUCUAGCUCCUUUGCCUGCUUGCUAAGCAAUGGUGUGUCCUGAUUUGGCACCACAAGCCUCAUUUAGUGGUUAAAGGUGAAAAAUCACUCAUUCUGAGAAAUUUGACUUCUCCUCGCCUGUUUCCAUUCAGAAUAAAGUUGUCUAAUAACUAUAACAUAAGAUUAUGCUACGGUUAUAAAGCACCUUUUUUCCUUCUGAUUCUAAUUAUAAGAGAUCUCUGUUAAUGGACCUACCAAAGUUUUGACUAGUCUUAAUUAAAAGAGAUGUUAUAAUUCAA